CGCGGCAUUCUGUGGGAAAUACCGCGUGUGGAGAGCAGCUCAGACUAAAUAUAGAUCAAUCUCAAGGGAAUCCGGACGUUCCUCGCAUCCUUAUUUUCGUGUGAAGUUGGAUAGCUUUAUUCUUUUGCAUAUUUUUCGGUUUAAUUUUUAAGAGGGAGAGAAACAGUCCUCUACACGUGGAAAACGCACAGUUUUAACGAAUGUUUUCUAUUCUUCUGUAUGUUCCCAUUUAAUUUCAAGAUAAAUAUAUGGUAAUAUCAAACCUCUACUUGCGCAUUUUGAAAACGCAUGGUUCCUACAUAGGAAUUACCAGUGGCGGGCACUGUGGAAAACGCGCAGUUUUAACGAAUUUUUCUAUUCUUCUGUAUGUUCCCAUUUAAUUUCAAGAGAAACAUAUGGUAAUAUCAAACCUCUACACGCGCAUUUCGAAAACGCACGGUUCCUACAUAGGAAUUAGCCUACCAGUGGCGGGCACUGGAUCCAACAAGUGCAUACGCGGAGCUCGACUCAAGAAGCGUUUUACGCAGCAAACAAUCAGAUGGAGACGUCUGCCUAACGAACUGGGGUUCGAAUCGAUCGACUCACUAAACGGAUCGCUUACCAACGCGCACAUACUUAGUUUGUCGCAGUAAUAAAACGCGCGUUUGUACGAUGCGUGCGCGUCUGCUUGUUGGAUGGAGCCGCCGCAGUUGUUUUCCCCCGCUGGCUUACAUAUAGCUUCAAACAACCUAUAGAGACUUCUUCUUUGCUCGAAUUUAAGCUCUGAAAUCUAGAACAGCCGAAUACUUGUACAUUAUCACACCUGGUCUCUUGGAGAGCGCUGCGCAAUAGCGCACGCUGCGAGAGUACCAUCGGACCUUUCCAUGGAUUUCUCUCUCUCUUUUAGGAUCACAGUCUUUUCUCUACGCGUCUUCGGUGAGGGUUUAGUCUGAUCUGAUGAACGAAGGCUUUUUCAGCCACUCGAAAAAGUGAAAAAGUUCUGCUGUACUGCAAAUCAUAUAUGAGGAUCGAUACACGAGUGCUGUCCAACACAGACCGCAGAAAUGCCUAUGCAUCCGGUGACUUCCACUUUGAUGUACCGGGGAAUCUGCACCAUUCCAGAUAUCCUUUCAUAUCGGGCACCGGUCAACCUUCCUGAGGAUGAGGUUGAAGAAAUUCGGGAGGCGUUUAAGGUGUUUGACAGAGAUGGAAACGGAUUCAUCUCAAAGCAGGAGCUUGGCAUGGCCAUGCGUUCCUUAGGGUACAUGCCCAAUGAGGUCGAGCUAGAGGUCAUCAUUCAAAGACUCGACAUGGACGGAGACGGCCUGGUGGAUUUCGAGGAAUUCGUCACCCUCUUGGGACCCAAACUCACCGCUGCCGGAAUGCCUGACAAAUUCAACGGAACGGAUUUUGACUCCGUGUUCUGGAAGUGUGACAUGCAGAAACUGACGGUCGAAGAGCUGAAGAGGCUUUUAUACGACACUUUCUGUGACCAUCUGUCUAUGAAAGACAUCGAGAAUAUUAUUAUGACUGAGGAGAACCAUAUCGAAAAUCCUGAGGACUGCCAAGUUGACAUCGACACUGAGAGUCCGACCCAGCAGGUGAAGCAGACGUGCGUACGGAAAAGUCUGAUCUGCGCCUUUGCAAUUGCGUUUAUCAUCAGCGUCAUGCUCAUCGCAGCCAAUCAGGUGCUUCGCAGUGGGAUGAAGUAAUCGAAUGGACCAAUCACACACAUAGAUUGCUAUAAGCAUACACAGGAAAUUGGCAGCAUUUACAGAAAUGGCAAAAAGGGUAAAAAAUAACAACAAUAGACAUGCACACAUAAACUGUAACAGUGGAACAGUUCAUUUUUAUUGACAUGAAAUCCAAGCGAUGAGACUUGGACAUUUUGGAGAUGGGAUACAGCUUCCACGGGACUAAACUUUUUUUUAAGACUCCAGCUUUAAAAUGUAAAGCGCACGGAUACGCACAUACAUCACUUACUUACUCUUACUGACCAAAAAAAAAGAAAAAAGGGAAAAGGAGAGAAGUUUCAAGUCAUUGCAACACUUGACCUGGAAAAAUAUUAAUGUCCCCUUCAAGCUUUGAGCGAAUUUAGACGCAUGGACUUCUCCAGCCCAGGAUUCUGCUCUUCAGUGCAUGACGAUGCAUGGGUUGUCUGAACGCGCCGGGUUCACCUAUAUAGUAUAUUAAAACCAAACACAUAUGAAGAGUUGGAUGAGAACAGGAGGCGUCUUUUCAUCCGGGAUAUAUCGACCCCUUUGCAUGAGAUUAAGGGCUGUUUAGAGCAUGCUCAUGUCACGUUGUCUUGUGUUGUCGAGUUAUCGUGGGUUUUUACAUGUUGCAAAUGCCUGAAUAAAUUCUAGUUGUACUCCAUGCGACCAAACGGUGCAUGAAGCAACCCAAAAUGAUGUUUGACCACUAGUGAAAUAUAGAGGUUUUUAUGUGAAUUAAAAUGAUACUGUUCACCUGAAAUACACUAUGCAUUUUCAGGCUGACUCUCCAAUGAUGCUCGCCAGUGCAACCGUACAGUAACUGUUUCGCAAACAUUUGCACUGUAGUUAUCAUAUGGAGAUGAUAUUUAGCAGCUUUUCAAUUUAAACGACAUGAAUGGCAUAAAAAUAUACCAAUUUAUUACGUAACUUCAUGCGAAUAUUUGAUUUCUGACUUAUUGGGAAAUUAUUUAAAGCUAAAGGGCCAGAUUUACUAACAGCUUGCACCAGCAAAACUGCUAUCAGGAUUUACAACACUGUAAAAAAAGGUUUAACUUAAAAAAGUACAAUUUUGAGUUCAACUUAUAAAUAAAGUGUUUGGUUCCAAAACGCAAUAAAUCCAUUUGGACUAAUUUGGGUAAAAAUGUGUUUUCUAUACCAAGAAGAUGAAAACCACUAUUUUCUAUUACAAACUUUCAUAUAGCAUCUUUAGGUUAUUAUAACAAAAAAAUUCAAAUACGUAAUUAGAUUUUCAAAGAUUUAUUAUAAAAACUGUUUAUUUUUUCCCGCAAAAUGCAAUAAAUCCAUGAAAAAUGUUUUUUUUUUCAAAAUAAAAUCUUUUUGAUCAAUAUAUAAAUGUACAUUGAUCUUUGCCAUGUAAUGUUCAUUUAGUUGACUAGUGUUACACUGAUAAAAAAUAAACAUUAAUGGCAUUAAUCAAAACACUUACUUUAUCAUAUUAAGAACACUGUCAUUGCUGCUGUCGUCCUUGGGACGUCGUCGGUGAAAUUUUUUGACAGUGAUUAGAUUGUAAAAUGUUUUGGUUCUGCAUGAUUUUCGUUGACUUUGUGUAAAAUAAUGGAAAGUUUUUCAUAAGAUCUUCUGGGGUCAAUGAGCAUGACAAAAGCUUGAUGCUGUCGGGAGAACAAACAACAGCCGGGAUUUUACCUUUGCUCGAGUGCCUCUCACAUAAAUUAUUAGAUUUUGAUGGCUUACGUUUCUUCCCCACCACAGAAAACCACCGCAGGUUGAUCAAUUCCAUCAAAAUUAUUGUUUUGUUUUUGUUUGUUUGUUGAUCAUGAAGUACAAAGUUGAUGAGGAAAACUAGGAUUCUGUGUUCAAAGCGCCGCCCUUAUUGUUUUUCAAUGCGUGGAAUGGUGCGGUGUGAUUGGUUAAGUGGAUUUAUUGCAUUCUGCAUUUAUUGUGUUUUGAAAAAAAUGGAGAAAAUGACUUAAUAACACGUGGAUAUCGGAUUUUGCGUAAAAUUAAGAAUUGACUUUUUAAAAAGGUAACAAUUUUAUUUUUAAAUGGAGUUUAACUCGUUUUGGAACUAAACUCUUCAAAUAUUAGUUGACACGAAAAGUUGAAUUAACUCAAAAUUUUAAGGCAACCAGGUAACUUACUUUUUAAAAUUAAACCAACAAAUAAUUAAUUACAUAUUUCAUAUGGAAUUUCAUAUAAAUCAAGCUCGAAUUUGCCCUGUUUAGUACAUCUGGCCCAAAGUGCGUAAUUUCGACACCACUGCUUUUACCGAAGAAAAUUAAAUUAGCGACAAAAAUAGCCCCACCCUAAACUUAAUGUUGUCCUGUUGCGAUGUGCAAUGUUUUGAUUGUCGCAAUUUUCGCAGAUGUACCCAUUUUGAACACUGUACAUGUAUAUUAAUCUGGGAUGGAACGAAAUGAUUUCAAACGAAAUCGAUGUUCGUUUACGCUUAUCGCCAAACAUAAAAAGAUGUUAAUUAUGUUUCAGGAAUCAUGUAAAUACAUGCGUAUUUAUAUAACAUGCAAGCAAACACUGUGCUACAUCAAUGUCACACUACUGUUUAAAAUAAUAUUUUCAUAACAAAUGUUUCAAUUGUGAGAAUGUUUAGUGAUUUUUCUGGGGAAACAUAACUAUUAGAUGGCAGGUGGACACUUCUAGAAAUUCACAGCCCCUCGCAUUUUUGGGUAAAUAAUCAGCGUAUUUUAUAAAAGGUUUGUACCGAGCCCCUAAGGUGACAGGUGACAUUGGAGUAAAAAAAUCAAACGUUUUUUUUAGACGUCAAACUAUAGCGCACGCAUGUGACAGCAAAAGUUUCACGUGCACACGAGACAGUUUUACGUGUGCACGCGAAACGAAACUUUAAAAAAAAAUUCGGCACAUGAAACUUUCGCGUGCUCACGUGAAACUUUCGCGUGCUCACGUGAAACUUUCGCUCCGCUGAAUUCAGGCAGCAGACAAAUUCAGUUCUUAGUGUUUUUGCUCUCUCUAACGAAACUAAAUGAUUUAAUUACACGAAAAAAUCAAAACUACGAUGAAAAACGGUGUCGCGGUGGGCAAGUGUUCUAACCGGUGAGAGGCUGAAGCACCGGUUAUCACCGUUUCACCGACUAUCGCGGCAAGCCUAGUGUGCACACGGCUGUUUUCCGAUUGACCCUAUUGCGUAUGCAUUUUUAAGAGUUUACCUUUCAGAUGCAAAAUUUAUGGCAGGAGGAGAGUAUAUAAAUGCUCAUGUGAAACUUUUGCGUGCUCACGUGAAACUUUCGCGGGCUCACGUGAAACUUUCGCGUGCUCACGUGAAACUUUCGCGUGCUCACGUGAAACUUUCUGCGUGCUCACGUUAAACUUUCUGCGUGCUCACGUUAAACUUUCGCAUGCUCACGUUGAACCUUCAUGUGCAGAAAUUUUUUAAAAAGUUUCGUUUCACGUAUCAUCGUCUCGUGUGCAUGUGAAAUUUUCGCUUUCACGUGCGUGUGCGAUAGUUUCACGUGUGAGCACGCGACAGUUUCACGUGUCACAGUUUUACAUGCACACGCAAAACUAAACUUUAUUUAAUUUUUGCUCCAUGUCCCCCUUAGGGGCUCUGUAGUUUGGACACUGUGCGAAGAAAAAAUUUGCAUCUUUAAAUCAUAAAUUAACAAUGUUAAUACCAAGCAGAUGCCAAUGCAAUUCAUUCACUCCUUCAAUGAACUGAGUUAAGUAGUUUACUGUAGUACCAAUUUACCUGCUUUUCAGCAAAGAUUACUGCACGAAUUUUAAAUUACCUAAUUGAUAUUCAUGAGCUCAAAAGGUCUACUGUAUAUGUCCAUCCCAAUUUUCAGAUUGUUCCUACUCCCGGAUAAACAUGUAGUUUGACUUGAUGAUUACAGACAGAGCAUAAAACUGUGAAUAAUAUUAAAAAUAAUAAUUUUGAAUAUGUAACAGGUGUGUCUUUCUGUUAAACGUUGUAUACCAGGAUAUCAUCCAUUUUAAACUCUGCCCAAUUGAUUUAGCUGUUGUUACGACACUAUUAAAAUCUUAUGUAUUUGUAACUCUAGGUUAUAAAUAAAGUAUGCAAUGGAUGGAAACAGCACCUGUCUCAUACACUAUGAUCAAUGGAUCGGUCCAAGAGGACAACAGUGUACAGGUUUCCCCCAUUGCACAGGCAUAAUUCCUUAUUAAUAUAAAUGGGAAAUUGAAUAAUGCAUUCCCAAAGCACUGGAAGGUCAAAGAGUUAAACACCAAACAAGAAAAACGUAGCACAUUAUCUUUAAACACAAAGUAUAGUUUUAUACGUGUAAUUCAUCCACUUAUAUGUAAAGAUAUAAAUAAAUAAAACUGUAACGGAGCAUUGGUACAGUUUUUGGUUUGGAGUGUUUUUGCAUAAACACUUCAAAACGUUUUGGACAAUACUGGUUUCUUUUAAGGCGCUGGUAAACGAAACAAGACAAUAAAUGCAAACAGUGAUGCCUUCUUGAUGUUGCCUUGCAUGAUGUCACCAGAGCAUGUAUAUAUUUUAUUUCAUUAAAUGAAAAUGUGAAUAAUGUGUACGCAUAAAUGCUUGUUACUUGGGGACACCAAUAUAUGAAUGUAAAGCCCCGUUUUUAAUUGAAACAUACGGUUCAUAUAAAUUAAAGAUGUUUGAAUGUCUAUUCGGCAACAUGAAAAGGGGUUUCUGAACAAAAACAUACAUUUUGUAUAAGGGUUUGUUGUUUGCAUCACCUUUCUUAUGGAGGUAAUAUUGCGUAUACAUUAAAGCAAUACACGAACGCGAAUGGAAAAUCCAAGUUGUUGACAAAUGCUAAGUAUACAGUAUAUAACUGUGGAUUUUAUUGAAAAUGCUGGUUUGUACCAGAUUGUAAUUUCUCAUUUUUCAUAGAGACAGUAGUUUAUUAUUCGUAGAGCACUUUAAAAUACUAUCAGAGUUUUUUAAUAAUUUCACAUUCAAAUCAUUUUUAUUAUAGCCAGAUUUUUUUUGUACGACAUGAAUUAUUAAGAUGUUUAUGUUUAAGACUUAACAUGUAGAGCAUUAUUAUUUUUGUUAAAGAGAUGGCAAUAUAUAUCAUAUUACAGAUGUGAGCUGCAUUUUUGUGUAUUUCCGUAAAGACGUGCACACAAUGUUUGCUCGCACUUCGGCCUGUUUGAACACUGUAUGUGUGUUGAAUGUUGUCCUGUGACAUUUAUUACUUUGCCUUACGUUUUUUUUUUAACAAUCAUAAUACUAUUGUUUACAGUGCUGACAUUUUUAUGAUAAUACGAUCCAGGUCUGAAUAUAAACUUCUGUUUGGGAUCAACUAUUUUUGAAUGUGAAUAAUCAAUGUGCCAUACAUAUGUUUAUCACAAUACUACCUGAGGAGAGUAAAUGGAAGGUUACACAUUCGUUUCAUUUCUUGUAAACUGUGUUUUACCGAGUGCACAAAAUGUAUGUAUGUAUGUAUGUAUCCUCCAGUGACAUUGUACUGUGUUUCAGAUGAAUAAAGAUAAUACCAAACUA